AUGAACAGGCUCUCCUGUGCCUUGUUGGCCAUUGCUGCCAUCACCAUCGCUGGACCGAUCAGAGGCCCACGCACGGGAUUCGUUGACACCCAAGGAACACAUUUUGCGUUGAGCGGCAAACCCAUGUUUUUCGCUGGCAGCAAUGCCUACUACUUUCCGUUCGCAAAUAACCAGUCAGACGUGGAAUUGGGCCUUCGAGCGGCCAAGAAAGCUGGCCUGAAUGUCUUCCGAACUUGGGGCUUCAACGACAAGAAUGCAACUUACAACCCUGACGGCCUUCCCCAGUACGGAGCGGAAGGAGCAGGAGCGACUGAUGUCGUUUUCCAGACGUGGCAGAACGGCAAAUCGACCAUCAAAAUUGAAGCUUUUGAUAAAGUCGUGAACGCUGCGGCCGCUACUGAUAUCAAACUCAUUGUGGCAUUGACGAACAACUGGGCUGACUAUGGCGGCAUGGACGUCUACAUUGUCAACUUAGGGGGGACUUACCAUGACGAUUUUUACAAGAUGACUGCAAUCAAGAACGCGUACAAACGUUACGUACGGACAUUUGUUGAGCGAUAUAGAUCAUCCACUGCCAUCAUGGCCUGGGAACUGGGCAACGAACUCCGAUGCGGUGCCACAGACGGGCGCAACCUACCCCGAAGUCCCAAUGGCUGCACGCCCGAGACGCUUACGGGUUGGGUGGAUGAGAUGAGUACCUUCAUCAAAUCGAUCGACCCGUUCCAUCUGGUGACAGUCGGGGGUGAAGGUCAAUUCAAUGACCCGUCGUCCCCCGACAGCUUCUACAACGGCAGCGAUGGCGACGAUUUUGCCGCGCAGAUUGCCCUACCGAACGUCGACUUUGGCACCUUUCACACCUAUCCUGACUGGUGGAGCAAAACGGUGCAGUGGGCUAAUCAAUGGAUCAUUGACCAUGCCAACGCGGCCAAGAAAGCCGGGAAGCCUGUCUUGCACGAGGAAUACGGGUGGCUCAGUCCUGCCGCACGUCUCGCCGACCUGGGCAAAGUCGCACCGCUGAACGAGACUCGAGUUGCGGUCCUGAGCCAGUGGCAAGCCACAAGUCUGUGGGAAAGAAUGCCAGACAUGUACUGGCAAUUCGGCUUCGACGGAUAUUCAACGGGUCCAAACGACGACGACGGAUUUACGAUAUAUCUGAACGAUCCAGAGGCCCAGCCGCUUGUAUAUGAACAUGCCGCCAAGGUCAACGCCUUGAACAGAGGUCGGUGGUGGUAG